AUAUUAAUGGUGGAAACACUGCAUGCAGUGAAUGCAAAGUCACACCCACAAUGUGAACUAUCCCUGUGAAGACAAAGUGCUACCUAUUCUCUUAUGGAAGUUGUCCAUUGUAAUCAAGAUGCUACCAGGUCGCCAGGAGGUCCCAUUGAGAAUAAUGCCAUAUUAGGGACCCAGUGUUGAAAUAUCACACUCUAUGAUGUUACCAGGUUGGACACUCAGCAAUGGUGGUAGCCAUAUAUCCUGGGUGAAGAAAAGACCAUCUUUUCGAAACUCUAUCUCUGUUGCGAUGGCCACUUUGUUCAUAGGCCCAUCAACCGAGCCCUGGUUUGGCUGGCGAAAGUGACUGACAUCCACAAGAUAGUGCAUCUUGCUCUCCUUAUUAUUGAGAGCCUCCAACACCUGGAUGCCUCCUGUUAGGCACUUAUGUGAGACAUGAAUAUCUUCACACUCUAACCAUUUCAAGAGCUAUGUCAUCUAUAAGUCUCACCAACAGAUCUUUUACUGUUUUUUUUUUUUUUAAUUUUGUUCUUUCCUAAAAGCUGGACAAUCCAUUAGACACUGCCUAUGAGUCAGUAUAUUUAUCAGCUACUCAGGCCCAUCCCUCCUUUCUUGCACAUGGAUAACCAGAUAAAUAGCUAUAAAUUCUGCUCACCAGGAAGAUCCUCCAUCCCCAUGAUCAACACAUGGAUCUGAAAUUGUCUUGCUUGUUUCUAUGUCUGUCUCAGGUUAGACUAUAAAAUGUCCAUGAGGACUGGGACCACAUCUCUCUUGUUCACACUAUAUCCGUAAUGCCUAGCAUAUGGAAGUCACUCUAAAUAUUUGUAGCAUUAGUGAUUGGUGCAUUUUCUUGAAAAUUUGGAGAGAAAAUGUUAAGCAAUUAAACUUACAACCAAUUUAAAAUAUUUUAGUAUAACGUGAAUAUAUUAUGAAGAACAAUGCAAAAUUUGGAGCAAUUUCUGAGAUAAAAUGAAACAACUCAAGUAUAUUUGCCCUUGACACUAGUGACUUCAGCCUCAUUUAUGCAUGUGACAUGUGUAGUGAAUAGGAAAAUACAUGUUUAUCGAAUCUAUCAUUGGCAGUAUUUCAGUGAAAAAGUUUGAAAAGGACUGAUUUGAAGGGUUGCCAGAGAAAAAGGAACAGGCAUAGGAAACAAAAAGAAGAAUUUUAACAAGCAGGAUAAGCCUAAAGGCAAAGUAGGGUUGGUUGUCAACAUCAAAGAAAUAGAGUAUUGGGAGACUAUGGUGAACUUUGUCAGUUGCCAAAGAGAGACUCCCAGGAGAAAUGAGGGCAACAAAAGUAUCAGUUGGAUUUAGUAACAAGGAGGCCACUGUCUACUCAAAGAGCUUGGAUAGAAUUGUUGGGAAGUGGAGUGAGGGAGAAAUAAGUAUCUGUGAAUAAUGAAUUGUGUUGACAUGGUGCUUAUGGUAUUUUUGACUAUACAGUGGCAUUUCACCAAGUCAUUACUAUCUGCUAGUGCUCAGCUUCAACGAUCCAUCCUAUUGUUGGAUGAGAGCAGAUGAGGAGAAAAUAACUCUUAGCCCUACCUGUCUUAUGCUUCUGAGACCCAGGUGUGGACCUUCAACCCCAAUUUACUAUCCACAUUCUCCUCUGAAGUUUGGUAACUUGGGUUCCACUCCUUUGGCAAGGAGUAGGGAUUGCUUGAGAAUUAUUAAAUAAAAGGAAAAGGGGAAGAUUUCUGAACUGGACUCUAGAAUUGGGAGCCUGAGGUAGCAAUGGUAAGAUCGGUUUUUUUGGCUUAGUAAGGCUUUUUAUACUUCUUUUUCUUGGUUGAUUUUUGUUCUCCAUUAAUAUAAAGUGAGGUUCCGGUCUGUUUUGGUUGUGGAAAAUGAACCCAAGAAAAGAAAUCUUUCUCUGGGUGGCUUUUGGGGGCAGGGGCUGAUGUGGUCAAGGCGCCAAAAGGGUCAGGAAAAGUCAAGAGACCAUCUUGGUGAACUGGGAGAGUCCCUGUACCUCUAAAAGGGUGGGGUUUGUUCGUAUUGGAAGGAGCAGACACAGUGGGAUCCCUUUUCCCAUUUCUCUGGAACUCCAAGUCGGGGAACAUUAAAAAAAAAUAUCAGCGCAGGGAGAGGCCACACUUGCCUCAGUGACAGUUCCCCUUCGCGAUUUCCCCUACUCCGCCCUUCUUGACGGGCUUCCUCCUCCUGCCAAGAGUGAUCCAGCGACGAUUGAAAAGAAAUGCUGAGAAAUACAUAAAGCUUUCCUCUUCUGCCUCGGCUAUUUACAAUGGGUAUCGGGAAGUCUAAAAUAGAUUCCUGCCCUCUUUCUCUCUCUUGGGGUAAAAGCCACAGCGUGGAUACAAGUCAAGGACAUUAUGAGUCAGCUUCCAAGAACUCUGAGGACAUCUCCCUGUGUGAUGUUGCUGAGUGUCCCAAGACGACAGAGGAGCCCCCAGGGGAGCAGGAGGGAGCUGAGGGAGAGGCAGAGACGCCUGAAGAAGACGAUGAAGAAGAGGAGGUGUUCCUCAAAUUUGUGAUUCUGCAUGCUGACGAUGACACGGAUGAAGCCCUCAGAGUCCAGAAUGUGCUGCAAAACGACUUUGGUAUCAAACCAGGAAUAAUCUUUGCUGAGAUGCCCUGUGGCAGACAGCAUUUACAGAAUUUAGACGAUGCUGUCAAUGGGUCUGCAUGGACAAUCUUAUUACUGACUGAAAACUUUUUGAGAGAUACCUGGUGUAACUUCCAGUUCUACACGUCCCUAAUGAACUCCGUUAACAGGCGGCACAAGUACAACUCGGUUAUACCCAUGCGGCCCCUGAACAAUCCCCUCCCCCGGGAAAGGACUCCCUUUGCUCUCCAAACCAUCAAUGCCCUAGAGGAAGAAAGUUGUGGCUUUCCUACACAAGUAGAAAGAAUUUUUCAGGAGUCUGUGUAUAAGACACAGCAAACUAUAUGGAAAGAGACAAGAAAUGUGGUACAAAGACAAUUUCUUGCUUGAGAUGAAACAUAUAAUGCAUGGCCGGCUCCUGUUUCACCAACCAAAUGGUUGAUCCUCAUUUGAGAAAGCAAUUUCUAAGAAAUGCAUAAAUGAAAGAGAGCCUUAUCCUUCUAGAGAGCUACAGAGCACAAGAAAGGCAAAUCUCUGCAGGACAAUCUAUAGAAUCGUGGCACUUUUUGAUGUUUCAAUAAACUCAAGAUUGUCAGAGUU